AUGACCGACGACGCAGACCAAGGCUCCGGCCAGUCUUUGGCCAAGGCAGAGGAGACGACUGCGCAGCGCUUCAGUGCCCUGCAGACUCAGCUGCUGUGUGCGGCAAUCCAUUUCUUCCACCGCCACAUCCGUUCCGAUGCGGACGUUUUGCAACGAAUGGAGGGCAACCAGAUGUUCCGGCUCUUCUUCGAGGUUCCCUACCACAAGAACAAGCCUGACCUGAACCGGAUCUUUCCGGAGUCGGUCCACGACUGCUCGGCCUUGCAUGUUUGCUCCUUUAUCCUGAGCAUCCUGCACCAGGGCAUCUUCAGCGUCUCUGCGUUCAUCGUCAGCGUCAUCUACCUCAGCAGGUUCAAGGAGAGUUCCAGAAUCACUCUCCAUGCCUGCACUUGGCGGCCGUUGUUCCUGACGUCUUUGCUACUGGCCGACAAGAUGUGGGAGGACAAGCCGGUUCGCAAUAGCUCCCUGGCGAAGCUCUUUCCGGUCCUCAGCAAUGGGGAGCUCAACCGCAUGGAGAGCGAGUUCUUAGAGGAGAUCAAGUUCAAUGUGCUGGUAAAGCCGGAUCUCUUCUGCUCCUUCUGUGAGAAGUUGCUGGCGGAGCAGGUACACCAAGAGAUUUCCCACUGCGUCAUCCAGUCAGAGUACGCGGCGACCCUGCAAGUCGACCUGGAGGAGAAGGCUCCUGCAAAGCCUCUGAACGUCCAGAAGGAGGAGGUCGCCGCCGAAAAGCCAACAAAUGGCCACAUCGUGAAGGAACCGGAGAUCCGAAAGGUUCACGGCGGCUCACCCGAUGGUGUCAGGUCAGGCUCCUGGCACGGUGAGGUCAAGCGCCCGUCAGUGGUCCAUCAUCCACAGAGUCAUCAACCCCAGGAGCUUGCCGCAGCUUAUGCCACACAGGAGUUGUGGAAAAGUAGCAUCCACUGGGCUCUCGACUCGGUAAAUCGGGUUCAGGGCUUCAAGCUUUACAGACCAGGACCUUCCGCAUGCGCUGCUGGCUGCGGCUGUUGCUGGCUCAAGCUACAGCUGCAACGAGCUUCCGCAGCAGGGACCAGCAUGGCUGCUGCACUAGAUGCCACGCUCAAGGAACACUUCGGUUACGACAGCUUCCGACCGGGACAGCGUGAAGUCGCCCUGGCAGCACUUGAACAUCGGGAUGUGGCUGUGUUCUGGACCACAGGUGCGGGGAAAUCCUUGUGCUACCAGCUGCCAGCGGUGCAGAGCGGCAAGACGGUCCUAGUGGUCUCGCCCCUCAUCUCCCUGAUGCAAGAUCAAGUCCACCGCUUCAACGCGACGGUGGGCGCCCAGGGUCGCUUCCAGGCCUGCUUCUUGGGAUCCGCACAAACGGACCCGAGCAUCGAGGCGAAGGCCUUGGCGGGCCACUUCUGCUUGAUCUACUUGACACCGGAGAAGCUGACGGGGACGGGGGGGGACUUCCUGAGGAAGCUUCCAUUGCAGUCGCUGCUCCUGGUGGCCAUCGAUGAGGCCCACUGCAUCUCCGAGUGGGGACACGACUUUCGCCCCUCCUACCGCAACCUCCACGCCAUCCGCGAGACGCUCCCCACCAUACCUUUGAUGACCCUCACGGCCACAGCCUCCACGCGCGUACAACGUGACAUACUGCAGCAACUGCAACUUCGUGAUCCGCUGGCGAGCCAUUCCAGCUCUUACCGACCGAACCUCCACCUGCGGUGCACGAGGAAGACCUCGAAGGCGGCGGAUCUUCUCCGCAUCGCCAAUGACAUAGAGGCACACAGAGGCAGCACCAUUGUGUACGCCAUGACGCAGAGUGAUGCGGAGAGCGUCGCGGGUUUCCUGGGCGAGAAGCUGGCCCCCAGCUUGAAGGUCGCGUGCUACCACGGUGGCUUGUCCAUGGCUGCGCGUGAAGAUGCGCACGUGGCCUUCCUGAACGGGCAGGUGCAGGUCGUUGUUGCAACGGUUGCUUUUGGCAUGGGGAUCGACAAGCCGGAUGUGAGGCGUAUCAUUCACUACGGGCCUCCGAAAACUGUGGAGGAAUACUUUCAGCAGAUUGGCCGUGCGGGCCGAGAUGGACUCGACUCAGUGUGCGAGCUGAUUACGUCAGAUGGGGACUUCCGCCAAUAUUCCUCCGAUUUCUACACGAAGAGUUUAAGCGAGGAGAAUAUCAAGCAGGUCGCGGCUUCCACAGAAGCGCUGCGCAACUUCGCAAGCUGCAGCAGCUGCCGAUGGCGUUGGCUUUUGGAGUACUUCGGUGAGACGCCCUCCUACCGUCACUGUGGCCUCUGUGACAACAGCGUGGCCAACGGCAAGGACGUGCGCGACUUCCGAGCCGCGGUGGCCCCGAUCCUGCAUGCUGUGGCAGCGACCCAGCGCUUUCCGCAAGCGUUGACUCAUCUCCUCCAGAUCAUCACAGGGACCUGGAAGCCAAAGGGAGUCAACAGCAUCACAGGAACUGUAGCUGCCGCACAGCCGCAGAUACAACAACUCCGGCAGGCUUUGCCAGCGUUGAUGAAAAAGGAGGUUGUCGUUCGGGAGCUGAUCGUGUCGCUUUGCGGUGCCGGAUACCUACAGCGCACAGUCGUCAAGACUGAUAAUCCGAGCUCAUUCUGCAAGACAUUCGAGGUUUACAGCCUCACAGAAGCUGGUCGAACAGCCUUGCAGAGCAACGCACCGGUGGAUCUGCCCAUCACAGCCACAAUCCGACAGCAGGAGGCCGAUGAGGAAGAGCGGCGCAGCGCCAGGGAACGAGAAGUCUCCAGUUUCGGCUUGGAUGUAAGAACUCUGUCCGCCGACCAAAUGGCGGAUGAUGGCCCAGUCCUUUGGUACAUUCGCAAGCUGAAGCACUGGAAAGCCAGCGGCAAAGAAGAGCUCUUGGCGAAAGCUGACCGUCACGAGGCGCUCAGGAAAGAGAUCCUCCGCUGGCGCGCCGAGGCCGCCGUGCGAUUGCGCUUGGCGCCUGCCGCCGUGCUCUCUGAGUACUCGUGCAUCGCCUUGACUUACGUCCAACCCACGACCGUGGAGGCCAUCAAGAGCGUCGGCGUGCGCAUUUCGGGAGCGGAGGAGCUGGCCAAGAUCAUCCAAAAGGCCAAGGAGGAGAUGAAGGGAGCGGGAGAAAACGCCGAGGCAGAGGAGAGAACACGAGGCGAGCCGGACUCGACGAUGGAGCUUCCGGCAGGCAGUGUGACGCCGCCCAGGAAGUGGCCGGCCGCGGUCUACAAACCCGGAAGGCGCGGGGCCAAGGUUUCCUGGGAGCUUUCCUACGAGCGCUUCGCAGAAAACGAGUCUCUGCAGAGCAUCGCCAUGCGACCGGCUUCAGGCGCUCCAAUUCAGACCAACACGGUGCGAGGCCACAUUCUGACAGCUUGGACCUUUGGAAAGCCCGUGGAUUUGCAGCGUCUCUUCCGGGAGUCGGAGGCCGUGCUGCCAUCCGAGGCCGAAUGGAGACAGUUGGAAGAGGCUGCGGCAGCCAACAAGGUCGAUUUCUCUGCCGACGUCCGUCUCAAGGAAAUUCUGCCGCUCAUCCUCGGAGACAAGGUGAACCGGGAACCGAGCCUCAAGUCCGAUGCUGACAAGGAGCUUGAGCGCGAGUGGUAUGAGCGAAUGAGAAUCUGGGAGGCUUUUCGCAAAGUGGGCUACGUCCCUUCUUUUGCUGGUGCAAAGCGUCAGCAGGCUGGCACCGCACCGCGUUCCAUUUCCGUGCAGCCAUUGCGAGUCGGAGAGAAGGCGGAAGAUCAGGCAGACGAGGCCCUGCGAGGCCCACCGGCUGCGCCGCUGAUGGUCCAGCCGGGCCAGCCGCCCAUGAGGCGGUCUCUUCCCGCCAAGGGCACGGCGACGCA